CUUCCUAUGCGUUGGGCGGGUCAUCUCCAGCUCAAAACUUAAGCGACGACGUCGCCUGGUCAGUCAAAAUUGCAAAUGCUGCAUAGAACCCAAUCGGCUAGUUGGCUCAGAUUUCAACGGUACCAAAAAACGGUUAGAAUUCAGUGAAUACAGUAGCGAAAUCGUCCAUGGCUGGAUUGGAGGAGCUAAGAAAAAAGCUCGUGCCUUUGUUUGAUGCCGAAAAGGGCUUCUCGGCCGGGUCCAAUUUGGACCCUUGUGAUGAUUCUUACACGCUAUCGGACGGUGGUACUGUGAAUUUGUUGAGUAGAUCGUACGGAGUGUACAAUAUCAACGAGCUAGGGUUGCAAAAGUGCACGUCUUGGCCCUCAGACGGUGAGGAGGACCGGAGUGAGAAGACGUACCAGUGUGCCUCACAUGAGAUGAGGAUAUUUGGGGCAAUAGGGAGUGGGGCGAGCAGUGUUGUGCAGAGAGCUAUACAUAUUCCUAAUCAUAGGAUUUUAGCCUUGAAGAAGAUCAAUAUCUUUGAGAAGGAGAAAAGGCAACAGCUUCUUACUGAGAUACGGACAUUGUGUGAAGCACCUUGUUAUCAGGGUCUUGUAGAAUUCCACGGGGCAUUUUAUACUCCAGACUCUGGGCAAAUUAGCAUAGCUCUGGAGUACAUGGAUGGAGGGUCAUUGGCAGAUAUCUUAAGAUUGCAGAAAAGAAUACCCGAACCUGUCCUUUCAUCUAUGUUUCAAAAGCUCCUGCAUGGGUUAAGCUACUUGCAUGGAGUUAGACAUUUAGUUCACAGAGACAUAAAGCCGGCAAAUUUGCUUGUGAAUCUGAAGGGAGAGCCAAAAAUAACAGAUUUUGGUAUAAGUGCUGGCUUAGAGAAUUCAAUGGCAAUGUGUGCUACUUUUGUUGGAACUGUUACAUACAUGUCACCUGAGCGAAUUAGAAAUGAGAGUUAUUCUUAUCCGGCUGAUAUUUGGAGCCUUGGUCUUGCUCUCUUUGAAUGCGGCACGGGGGAAUUUCCAUAUUCAGCUAAUGAAGGACCUGUCAAUCUUAUGUUACAGAUUUUGGAUGACCCAUCACCGUCACCAUCAAAAUGCAAUUUUUCACCGGAAUUCUGCUCAUUUAUUGAUGCCUGCUUGCAGAAAGAUGCAGAUGCUAGGCCAACAGCAGAGCAGCUACUUUCACACACAUUUAUUACAAAGUAUGAACAUGCCGGAGUAGAUUUGGCAGAAUUUGUCCAAAGCGUUUUUGAUCCUACUCAAAGAAUGAAGGACUUGGCAGAUAUGCUGACGAUACAUUACUACCUUCUCUUUGAUGGACCUGAUGAACACUGGCAACAUAUAAGGACCUUAUAUAAAGAAGGUUCAACUUUCAGUUUCUCUGGGAAACACUCUGUUGGUCCAAAUGAUAUCUUCACAACUUUGUCAGAUGUCCGAACUACAUUAGCCGGUGACUGGCCUCCUGAAAAACUUGUGCAUGUCGUGGAAAAACUUCAGUGCCGUGCUCAUGGUCAAGAUGGAGUUGCCAUUAGGGUAUCGGGAUCCUUCAUUACUGGGAAUCAAUUCCUUAUUUGUGGAGAUGGCAUACAAGUAGAGGGUCUGCCAAACUUUAAAGAUCUUUCUAUUGAUUUAUCUAGCAAGCGAAUGGGAACAUUCCAUGAGCAGUUCAUCAUGGAACCGAGCAAUCUCAUUGGUUGUUACCUCAUAGCUAAGCAGGAGCUGUAUAUUAUCCAGUAGAGAAACUAACAGUGAGGAUUCCCUCCUCCCAGGAGCCAGAUAUUACAGCUAUGGCUCCAGCAAGAUCGAACUAACAAACUCUUCUCUAGUGCAUAUGGCCCCACUUCACAGGCACAAAUUAUCAUCAUGCAUCAUCUGGUUACAGAGCUUAUGUUCAUUUGGGUUGGAUAAUGUCGAAGUGAAAGCAUAGAUACAGCCAAAAUAAUUAUUCACUUGUCAAAUUUUUUAUGUAUCAUUAACUUUGUAAUUAAAUAUUUCCGAAGCUCUCAGUUUUCUUUCCAUUUUAAUGUAUAUUAUUCACAUUAUUUGCAAUGAAAUGUAUCUAGAGCUUUUGUAA